UUCUACCUCUUUCAAUCUCUAUCACAUUUCUUUUCGUCAGCUCGCAGUCAGAAGACUCCUUUCAGUCUAGAAAAAGGAGACAGAAAGGUCAGUCGUGAUCUAUGAAAUCCUGUGAUUUCUGAGCAUUAAUGGUGGGUCUUCUGUAGAGGAGUUAUGGUGGCUUCUCUGCAUUGCUGCACCAGAGAUUGCAGGAAAGCACUGAACUGAGAAACUAAUAGAGAAAUUGGAAGGGUAUAUUGAAGAUGUUCAAGGCAGCGAGAUGGAGGACUGAGAAGAACAAGAUCAAAGUUGUGUUUAAACUGAAGUUCCAAGCAACUCAGGUGCCGGAAUUAGGAUGGGAGACUAUGAUAGUCGCUCUAGUCCCCAUGGAUUCUAGAAAACCAACUGUAAGAUCAGAAAAGGCAGCAGUGAUCAAAGGAAGUUGUCACUGGGUAAACCCCAUCUACGAAACAGUGAAACUUACCAAGGAUCCCAAAACUGAAAAGAUUAAUGAGAAAGUUUACAGAUUUCUUGUAAUCGCAGAUGGAUCGGCAAAAGCUGACUUUGUGGGAGAAGUAACCAUUGAUUUGGCAUAUUAUGCUGAAGCGCUUAAGCCCUCUGUCAUUUCUCUCCCGUUCAAGGCUUCAAAUUCGGAAGCCAUCCUGCAUGUUACCAUACAAAGAAUGCAGGCUGAUGCCGAGGGAAGAGCUUUUGAUCAAAAUGGGGAAACAAACAUUCCAGAGCAACAAAAAAAGAUGACAAGCCAGUUAGACAUUUCUAACACAGAGCAAGGUAGCAACUUUCGGAGAACAAAUGUUAACCCAAUAGAAGUAAGGGCAAAUCUUCUUUGAGAAUAUAUUUCUUGGAUUCUUCACUUUGUGUUGCAUCUAACAGACAAUCAUGAAAAAAAAAAAAAAGAAGUAAAGCCUUCUAAAAUAAAUGUUUCCAUGUGAUCGGUAUGCUUUAAAUUGCAUUACAGAAACACCCAUCCCAAAAAAGAGAUAAAGGGAAACUUAUUGGUCAAUGAAAUCUAUACACUAAUUACAUUCUUAAGACUAGUACAUUAAUGCAUGGGAGGAAAUCAAUCUCUGUUGAUAAUUUAGUUCUAUGAAACAGUUGCACAUAAAUUAUGGUACUUAUUCAUUGGAUUGGGAGUUUUAAUCUCAUAAUUCAAAGAUAUGCUUUCUGAAAGAUGAGCUAUCUGUCAGGUAGG